GUUUCUGAUUGGACCUGUGAAAGGGCCUGAGAAGGUUUCUGAUUGGACCUGUGAAAGGGCCAUGGUGAAAAUCACAAUCUUGAAAAAGCCGGCAGCUGCACCUUACAAGAGGCCUGCAGCCAACCCAGAGCCUGAGGAGCCCAUGUCUUUGGAGGAAAAGAUGGAGUUGUUCCAGAGGUCAAAGACUCAGGACCUCAACUCUUUCCUGGGCACACUUACCAGGAACCAGAGAGAAGCGCUCUGGAAGAAAUUUGAAAGGGCCAGGGGCUCCACCAAGGACCCCAAAGUGGAGGAAGUUUGGAAUACUGUCUGCAAAGGCAAAAACAGUGACCAACACAAGAAGCAGCUUUUGAAGGUGUUCCUUCAAACCAAAGGGGAGCUUAAGAAUUCUCAAGCCUGGCAGAAGGAGGUCCUCUCCUUGCAGCAGACCUCAGGCCACAGGUCAUCCUUGGAAUGGGUGCCCUUUGCCACCAUAUUGCACAGAUAUGGCUUGCAAGAGACACUUCGCAGAGUCAAGAAGGGCACCAUUCUUGUCCAAAAAGAUCCUCUGGAUGAUGAUGAAUGGCAAUUUGCCCUGGCCAAGAAUGUGGACUACAGUGCUACAGAGCAGAGGCAUGAGGUGGCUGCAGAGCAGGUGGGCAAGAUGGAGGUGUGCAAUUGGAUGAAAGUCAAGGCCAAAGGCUUUCUUGGCAAUGAGGAAGGGUCAGCUGACCAGGCCUUGAGAGAUGUCAUGCCCCAGAAGGCCAGCAAGCACAUGAAAGCAUUGCUGCCACCUCCACCAUCUGACUCUGAGAGCUCAGAGCAUGCAGCAUCCUCUAGCAAGCGGCAGAAGAAAGAUGCUGAAGCAUCCAAAGGGAAAGACAAGCAAGUGAUUGAGGCUGAGGUUUUGAGUGAUAUGGGCAGCAGUGCUGUGGCAGGUGAGCUCAAGAAAAGGGUGGAGAAGAUGCUGAAGCUGCUUCAAGCAGUGAAGAAGGAGGUGGGCACAAGCAAAGUGAAGGAUCACUUGCAUGGCCCUGAGACUGACCUCAAGAAGCUCCUGAAAACAAAGAUGAACGCAGAAUCUGCCAAGGGCAAGCUGUUUGAUGCUGCUAUGGCAAUCAAAACAGCCAAGAAGUUGUGA